AUGUCGCAAUUAGAUGACCUACCGAACCGAGAUUUGGCUGAAGAAAUAGAAGCCAUCAAUGCUAUCUAUGAACCCGAUACCAUCACAUUAGACCCUACAGGAACCACUUCCUCCAAAGACGAUGCGCAUACCACAAUAACGCUCCGACUUCCUGGACAGCCCCAUCUAUCUUUUAUCAUUAGCUUCGAUGCGAAAUACCCAGAGUCGCGGCCCAAUAUUCUCGGAACAGCCUCAACUGCUGCGCGCGGGGAGGGAAAAAUUGCAGUCGAUGUGUUGGAAGAUAUAGUGGAACGAACAUGGCAGGCUGGCGCUGUCUGUUUAUUUGAUGUGAUUAGCGAAGCUGUGGAAGUGUUUCCUGAGUUGAACAUCGGUGGAAGCAAGGACCGCCCUGCAGAGGAGUCAGAAUCAACUGCAAACCAAGCACUUUCUUCUGAUGAACCUCACUCAACGACAGCGCAUCCAGCCGAAAGCUUUGCUCGCUUAUCAUUGAAAGACUCCUUAGGACUUGACGAUCCUCCAGACUGGAUCCUCUCCGACGUCGUCACGGAGAAAAAAUCUGUGUUUCUGGCUAGAGCAGUGCAAGUAUCAAGUCUUGCACAGGCACAAUCUUACUUGGAUUAUCUGACCGCAACCGAUAAGAAAGUUACGGUAGCCACACACAAUAUCAGUGCAUGGCGCAUUAAGCAGAAGAAAGACGGUGUCUCUGUGGGAGCGGAUACUGAAACGCAAAUACAAGAUUAUGAUGAUGAUGGCGAGACUGCUGCUGGCGCUCGCUUACUACAUGUCAUGCAAUUGAUGGAUGUGUGGAACGUCCUGGUAGUGGUUUCCCGUUGGUACGGUGGAAUUCAUCUGGGGCCGGCACGAUUCCGACUCAUCAACGAUGUUGGUCGUGACGCUUUGGUAAAGGGUGGAUUUUUCCGUGGCGGCGAUAACUCUGCCAGUGCCGAGAAGGGCAAGAAGAAAGGAAAGAAAUAA